AUGAAUGAUUUACCAUGGAAUGAAAGGUUAACAUCAUCAUUCUUAUCGGUGCCAGGUGAUAACUCUGAUGAUACUAAUCAUGACCUCCUUAUUAGUAGUUCUUAUUCUUAUUCAUCAUUAUCGUCACCAUUACGUUCAUCUUCACCACCAACACCAAGAACUACACCAUUAGUAACAGUGUCAUCGUUAUCGGUUUCAACACCAUCAUCUUCUUCACCAUCAACCGUAAAACAUUGUUCAAAGCGUUCUGUAACGGCACCUCUUCGUCAUUUAUCAUCGCUUUUCCAUCAUUUGCUUCAUACGAAAUUAUCGAAUCGUCAUCGUCAUAAUUAUCAUCGUAAAUCAUUUUUGAUUAAUUAUGAAAUGAUGUAA